AUAUAUCACAUAACUAAGUGGAGAUGAUUUUUCAUCGGUCCAAUCUUCAUUUCUGAUAAAACUUUUAGAACAAAACAUAUCGAAGAUGAGAGUUGCGGUUAUUGGAGGAGGGAUAAGCGGAUUGGGAGCUGCGCAUGUUCUUGCAAGAGAUGGAGUCGAAGUGGUGUUGUACGAGAAAGAGGAAAACUUGGGAGGCCAUGCUAGAACGGUGCGUUUCGAUGGUGUUGACGUGGACAUCGGCUUCAUGGUCUUCAAUCGCGUAACGUACCCCAACAUGAUGGAGUUCUUCGAGGAUCUUGGAGUGGACUUGGAGGUUUCAGACGCGUCUUUCUCAGUGAGCCUUGACAGUGGGAGAGGAAUUGAAUGGGGAAGCCGAAACGGCCUCUCGAGCUUGUUUGCUCAGAAGAGUAACGUUUUCAAUCCCCAUUUCUGGCAAAUGAUCAGAGAAAUGGUAAAGUUUAAGGAUGAUGUUUUGAGAUACAUUGAAGAACUAGAGAGUAACCCUAAUCUUGAUCGUACCGAGACGUUGGGCCAAUUCCUCAAGUCUCAUGGCUAUUCCGAGUUGUUUCAGAAAGCUUAUGUGGUACCGCUAUGUUGUUCGAUAUGGUCAUGCCCUUAUGAUCGUGUCUUGAGCUCCUCGGCUUUCACUGUUCUUUAUUUCUGUCGCGACCAUCACUUGCUUCAGCUAUUUGGAAGGCCACAGUUGCUUACCGUUGCAGGGCAUUCGCAUACUUAUGUGGCGAAGGUUAGGACAGAACUGCAAAAACGAGGAUGCAAAAUCAGAACAAGUCGUGAAGUACAAUCGGUUACUACUACUGAUAAUGGUGUCACUGUAAGGAAUGAAGAUGGGUCGGAGGAAGUAUUUGAUCGAUGUAUAUUGGCAAUGCACGCCCCACACGCUCUGAGGUUGCUUGGGGAACAAGCAACAUUCGAUGAAAGGAGGGUUCUUGGUGCUUUUCAAUACGUCUACAGCGAUAUAUAUCUCCACCGUGACACAGAUUUUAUGCCCCGGAACCCAACAGCAUGGAGCGCGUGGAAUUUUCUCGGGACCACAGAAAACAAAGUAUGCGUAACGUACUGGCUCAAUACAAUACAGAAUCUUGGAGAGAAGAGCGAACCGUUCUUCGUGACACUGAAUCCCGAUUAUAACCCGAAGAAGACGUUGCUCAAAUGGACCACUGGUCACCCGAUUCCUUCUGUUGCCGCCUUGACUGCUUCACGAGAGCUUUCCAAGGUUCAAGGAAAACGUGGGCUAUGGUUCUGUGGUGGAUAUCAAGGCUAUGGUUUCCAUGAAGACGGACUGAAGGCAAUGAUCAAUUUUAUAAAAACCUCUUGUAGCUUUAUCGCUCUUGUGAGCAAUCUGAAACACAUGGUCCCAUCGUUUGCUGAAGCAGCGGCUAGAGUUUUUGUCACCAGAUUCAUGGGACAAUUCAUCUCAAUGGGUUACGUUGCGCUACUAGAAGAUGGAGGAACAGUGUUUAAAUUCGGCGGAAAACAUCCAAAAUGUACUUUGAAAUCUGUUAUCAAGAUUCACAGUCCACAGUUUUACUGGAAGGUGAUGACAGAGGCAGAUUUAGGCCUCGCAGAUGCUUAUAUCAAUGGAGAUAUUUCGUUCGUUGAUAAAGACGAGGGACUUCUGAAUAUGAUCAUGAUUCUCAUAGCUAAUAGAGAUCUAAACUCAUCAAAAUCAAAUCUUGCGAAGAAAAGGGGUUGGUGGACACCGAUGUUGUUUACCGCCAGUUUAGCCUCAGCAAAGUACUUUCUAAAGCAUGUCUACCGAAAGAACACUUUAACACAAUCUUGUAGGAACGUUUCGUUUCACUACGAUUUGAGUAACGAGUUGUUUGCUUUAUUUAUGGAUGAGACGAUGCAAUACUCGUGUGCGGUGUUCAAGUCCGAUGAUGAGGAUCUGAGAACAGGACAGAUGAGAAAAAUUUCUCUUCUGAUUGACAAGGCGAGGAUUGAGAAGCACCACAAGGUUUUGGAGAUCGGAUGCGGCUGGGGAAUCUUUGCUAUAGAAGUUGUAAGAAGGACUGGAUGCAAAUAUACCGGCAUUACAUUAUCGGUCGAACAACUCAAAUAUGCUGAAGCAAAGGUUAAAGAAGCUGGGCUUCAGGAUCGGAUUACAUUUGAACUCUGCGAUUAUCGCCAACUCUCUGAUUCGCGUAAAUAUGACAGAAUUAUAGCGUGUGGGAUGAUAGAAGCGGUUGGGCAUGAGUUUAUGGAGAUAUUUUUCAACCGCUGUGAAGUUGUGCUUGCGGAAGAUGGCUUACUUGUUCUGCAAUUCAUAACAGUCCCCGAUUCACGUUACGACGAGAUCAGAUUGAGUCCGGGUUUCAUUACAGAAUAUAUCUUCCCCGGUGGAUGCCUUCCUUCUUUAACCAGGGUAACAUCUGCAAUGGCUUCUUCAUCAAGGCUAUGCAUUGAACACGUUGAAAACAUCGGAAUCCAUUACUACAAGACCUUGAGAUGUUGGAGACAAAACUUCAAGGAGAGACAAGAAGAAAUCAAGGCUAUCGGAUUCGACGAGAAAUUCAUCAGAAAGUGGGAAUAUUACUUUGACUACUGUGCGGCUGGUUUCAAGACCCUUACAGUCGGAGACUACCAGGUGGUGUUUUCUCGCCCUGGAAACACAGCUACGUUCGGAGAUCCAUACAUGAACUUCCCUUCGGCUUGCUGUUCAUGCCCUUAAACCGAAAACCAUAUGAACGUUUCGAGUUCUUUUGCAUCAAAGCAUAAGUUCUAGUCAUGUUAAUUUGACGUGGUGUUUUCUUGUCCUAGAAACACAGCUAUGUUCGGAGAUCCACACACGAACUUCCCUUGGCUCGUUGUUCUUGCCC